UAUCAUCCAACAACAGCCAAACCAGUCAGAUAGUAACAAACCCUGGGGAAUCGGCCUGAGUCAUUUCAACAGCUUGAGACUCGAUAAAUACAGACUCUGGAGGCUCGGGCUGAAAGUGUAAGUCUGCAACUGAAUUCAACUGUCAUAUUUUCUGAAGGGAUUUAAAGCUGAUGGAAUCGUUUAAGCUGUGACUGGUAGCCAUGGUUAUCAAAAAACUGCACUAAAUUUGCAGCACUUUUUAAAAGUCUCUUGCAAUUCUUUUUUCCCUAUAAAUUUGUAUUUUAAUUUCAGCAGAUCUUUUUCAUCUUCAGAAUCUUAAUAUCUAGAUACAUGUUUGUGAAGAAUUUUGGAGGAACUUUUGACCCUUUAAGUGUUGAGAUUUUUUAUCAAUAACGAUAAAAUCAAUCGAAAGAACAGAAAUUAUUGGUUAUGGCUGGAAUGCGGAGGUGUGACAAGACAGUGUUUCUGCUGAUCUGCUUAUUGGGACUGUUUCUGGAUUUAGUUAACGGGAGCUUGGUGAAGCAACGGCCUCAUUCAAGCUUUAUCCAUCGGAGGCUGAACAGCAGGGAGAGGCGAGAAAUGCAGAAAGAAAUCUUGUCUAUUCUGGGCUUACCUCGGCGUCCCAAACCUUUGUUGUCUAUCAAACGUUCAUCAUCUGCCCCAGUCUUCAUGCUGGACCUUUAUCGCACUGUGGCCAAUGAAGAGUCAGACAGGUGGCCACGGGCUCCGUUGCCUUUCCAUGUGUUCCAGAGCACCCAGAGAUCCCCGGAAGAGACCUUUCUCACUCAAGCAGAUACUAUUAUGAGCUUUGUUAAUGUAGUGGAACACAAUGAAGAUGUUUUUCACCAUAAAGCACAUUGGAAAGAAUUUAAGUUCGAUUUAACUCAGAUUCCUCGAGGUGAAAUUGUAACUGCAGCAGAGUUUAGGAUCUACAAAGGAGCAAAUGAAAAUUUCCAUGGAAACAUGACCCUUCAUAUCACAAUUUACCAAGUGUUGCAGGUGCUCCAGGACAGAGAACCAGAGCUCCUCCUAUUGGACAAUCAAGAAGUGUGGCCCACAGAAGAAGGGUGGCUGGAGUUUGACAUCACAGCAACAAGUAAUGAUUGGCUAAUGAAUCCUCAUUAUAAUCUGGGCCUGCGUCUUUGUGUGGAGACUGAGGAAGCUCCAGGACGCAGUCUAGACCCUGACUCUAUUGGGCUGGUAGGACGACAAGGGGCCCGUUCAAAGCAGCCAUUUAUGGUGACCUUUUUCAAAGCGAGUCAGGCACCUGUUCGUACCACACGGGCUACAAAACCGCGCAGAGGUCGUAAGAAACACAACCAACUACAGGAAUCCUGUGACAGACUGCCUAGCACAUCAGCAGCCCGUAAUUCUGGAGAUCACAGGCGAGUGUGCAAGAGACAUGAUCUGUACGUCAGCUUUCGAGAUCUUGGCUGGCAGGACUGGAUAAUUGCACCAGAAGGCUAUGCAGCAUUUUACUGUGAUGGAGAAUGUUCAUUUCCACUUGACUCCCACAUGAAUGCAACCAACCAUGCGAUUGUUCAGACAUUGGCUCAUCUGUUGAAGCCAGAAGCUGUUCCAAAACCAUGCUGUGCACCAACCAAACUCAGUGCCACUUCAGUACUCUACUUUGACGAGAAAUACAAUGUGAUAUUAAAAAAGUACCGGAACAUGGUGGCAAAGUCAUGUGGCUGUCAAUAGAAAGUAUCCAUAUGUGGUGCAAUUGUGCUUGGUCAAAUAUUCAAGACAUUAGGAAGGUGGAAGAAUAACAUCGGGAAAAAAGACCCGGUGAACAAGGCACUGCAGGUUCCCAUAUGUUACCUAAUGACAUAAUAUCUAAUAUAUCACAAUUUGAUUUAGUUCUUCACAAUAGAAAGUCAUCUUUGAAGCCUUUAGAUAUAUUUUUCAUUGUUCAAAAUACUGUACCCAAGCAUACCAAAGCACUUGCACUUCGACACAAGACAAGAAACUUUUAAUUAAUAUUUGUGAUAAUACCAGAUUACAUUGAUUUUUUGUUUUGCCCAUGUAUAAACAAAAUAGACAAUGUGGAGAAAGGAGACAUUGAUUUAUCCUGCUGGUGACUGAGACUCUAUAAUCCACUGGUGGAGAAUACUGCACACCCUAUUCUCCCCAUUAUGUACAUUCUCUUACUACAACAGACAUUUCUGUAUAUUACUUUGAUUGACACAGCACUACUGAUUGAAAAAACAUAACUUAAAGUAACUUUUUAAUAAAUUUAAUCCUCACUUUUGCGUUUCAAUUUUUGCUUAUGUCAGAAAUCGGAUAGACCCUAAAUUAUCAUUGACAUGCUUCUUUACUGCGAGCCAUGUCACUUAUUACUGAAAGACUCAUUGCUUCUUAUUGUGUUUUAUUUAGAUAUUGCCCAUUCAAUAUUCAUGGAAUUGUAAGAACUUUACGAUCUUGAACUCUAGUCCCCAAGUGGAUGAGAUUUUAUGGAAUCAAGUUAGCUUUUUGAUAACUUGCAGCAAGAAAAAUAAAUACAGUGUAGCUUUUCCUAAAAUGGUAUUUAGAAAAUCCACACCACAGCAUCACCAUGCACAUCGUGAAACAGCUCAACAAUUUGGAGCAAUUUACCACCAACAUUCCCUCAACUUCUCCUCAACUGUCUAAGACCAAAACUGGUUAAAUCGGGAAUAAAAAGCGCCAAAAUACAAGUGGAUCAUUUUUAGUUUUGGUUUAAAAAAAGGCCAGCAGGGAGUAGAAGAAGUUACUUUUAGCAUAUCGGACUUCCAUUGUUUAUUUUGCAAUCAAAAACAUUCUAAAAGAACUCUACACUGGUGAGAAAUUUCUGUUAUUUCAUUGUUAUAUCAUGGACUCUGUGGAGAGCUUUAGUUUGGUUCUUUCCUCACAUUGUUCCAUUAGCAUCAGAGACAGAUGGAUAUUCAGCUAAUUUCGACUGUUCCCAGUUUUGGUAGCCGUUUGAUCCUGAAUUAUGAUGAUUUUGAUUUAUUAUUGAGCAAGUUGACAAAUUUAAAGGGUGGCAACCAUGUAUCCAAUAGAUUGGAUACAGUGCAGGGUCACCAGCCAUUAAAAUAAGUGGCCCAUUAACACCAAAGGUAAAGAGCUGGACUUGUGUCGUAAACCCAAGUUUGAAUAUUAAGCAUUGCUAACACUCAUAACACACUGACUUUUCCCAUGAAUAGAAUUCCAUUGUUAUAGGCUGAACCUUUUCAUGUUAAUGAAAUAGUUCAUCUUAUGACUGUUGUAUAGGGUCUGGCACAUACAGGGUUAACAUGGGACUAAGUACAGUACCACCCACACAGUGAUGAAAGAGAACACAUAAUGCAUACCUAGGGGUCAGACUACUGAUGGACAGAGCCGUUUGCAUAAACAAGCAAGGAGACAGCUCCGAGCUUGAACCCUUUACUGUGUAUAUACAUAGUUCUUGUAGUUAACAAAUACAAACAGUUAACCUACUUAAGACUACAAAGGCUUCGCUAAGACCUACUGAAUGGUAUCCAAGACCUUACAACAAUGAAAAUUAUCAAGCAACAUUCCAGUAUCUUGUCUCGCAUGCAUGUCACUACUGAGCUUUUAUGAAGGAAUACAUGGUAUAUUCCAAGUCCCAGACUUCUGAUCUUCCAUGAAAUCAGAAGGCAACAAGUAAAUGAACACGAAAGGAGUAAUAGUAUAAUAAUUAAGUUGGGGUAAUUUGCAUCUCGUGAGACAAAUUUCAUAGGUUUGUCCAGUAUGAUAACUCCAGCCACUGAAAUAAUGGAAAAGUAAAGUUCUCAAUAAUUGAUAUUACUGCUACCUCAUUUCCUGUGACCAUUGUAUUUCUCGUUUUACUUUCAUACAUUAAAAAUCAAAUUUGUUCUUUUUUUAAUGAGCUUUAUUGAUUCAUCAAGUUCAAUUUACUGUGGCCAAAGCAUAUCUGAUACAGAUACAGUAUCUUUAGCAUGGAAAAAUUGUUAAAAUCAGGAAAGAAAAUCACCCAAUAUUUUUUUUUGUGAUUAUGUGACAGAUGGAGUGAAACCUGCAAUUCUCCAUAUCAUGACUUUCCAAUCUUAGCCAUGUUGCCAAGGGGAACACAAAGCCGAAAUCAAAAUGUUAUCUGAAACCAGUAUGGUGCACCUGUUAAAGUGUGCGUUUGGCAGGGCCUGCAAGUCUGCCAGGGUGUAUGGAAAUUAGAUUUAACACCACAAAAGCCAAGGCACUAUUGAUGCUCUUGGAUGUAGUUUCAAUUGUCCUGGAAGAUAAAUUAUAAUGUAACCAAUACAGUGGUUUAUGAAGAAACUGAAUUCUUCCUCAUAUUCAAGCAGGGAUAGUAGAGUUUGACAUGUGAGAAUGCAGACUUCCCUCAUCCCAUCUUCUUUUAUGAACGCACAUGAUGGAUUCUGCAGGAAGUUCCUGGUGAUUCUCUCACGCUCCAAUGAGAAAAAGUAAAAAUGCAUUGUGGAGGCACGUCAAUCCCACCAAUGUAGUCAAUAAGAGCCUGCAAUAAAACUGCAUGGCUCUACAUAUGUUCACUGUCUUCCCAUUGUUAAUACCAGUUUUAAGAAUUGAAACAGCUUACAGGAGAACCAGCUCUUUUCAUAUUUAAAAUGGGAACCUUAGUAUGACCUAACAGUUGGCUUUAACUUUAAAUACUUGCCUUCCUUAACAAGACUUUACCUUUAUACAAUGGCUAAUGCUCAUCCAAGCAUGUUUUCAAGAUAUUUUCUGAUAAUUGAUUGGCUAACUCCGCGUAAAGAGUUGUGAUGGAUGCAGAUUGCCACUUUUAACUAGAUUCAAACCUUUUGCCUCAAAUCGACACUUCAGGUACAUGACUGAAAGCCUUUCUGCUAGGAUUUGACUAGUGUUGACAGUCCUGUGGUUAAAUUUGCUGCAACCAUUCAAAGAGUGAUAUUCCUGCUUGCUAGAGAGAUCAAGAUUAGCAAGUGAACAUUGAAACAUUAACAGUUUGAACUGUAUCACUAUAAAGUUAACAGAAAUGAACACACAAUCUGAGUACAAAUUGUACCUGAAAUUGUGCUAGUUUUCAAAAGCUUAUUCUGCCCAAUGUUCACUCUAACUCGUUUGCAAAUCACCAAAUGUAAAACUGUCCAUAGAUCAUUUGUAAUCAGGCAGCAUUUUAGAUUUUUUUUAAAAGUUGGAUUUUUUAAAAAUUCCUUUAUAUUUAAGACUGGUAACCUGGAGCAAUUUUAUUAUUGCAGCUGAAAAUGUGUUUAGCACAAAAAAUAAGUAUUUUUAAUCUAGCCCAUCACCCUAAAGCAACCUGAUUUUAAAUAAUCGAAAAUGAUUUUUUAAAAAUCUGUGCAGAAUUAUUUAUCAGAUACUUUGGUGUACAGUAUUCAGUUUCUUUAAGAAAAGUUUAAAAGCUUUAAAAACAUAUCUAGUAAUGCCUUUGCCUCUUUAAAUAAAGAUUGAUCAUGCAUUUGAGUUGUGGGCCUGGACAGAUUUGUGGCUGGGGCAGCUAGUGCAAAAUAUCAUGGGAACUCAAUCUGUGCUAGAUCUAAUUUACACUUUCACCAAGGCCAAUAUAUUUUGCCUAGAGUAGGGUUCUGAAAUUACCCAAAUUAAAUCAAUAAUAACAACAACUUGCAUUUCUAAAGCACUUUUAAUAGUGUUAUCAGGCAAAAUUUGACACUAAGCCACAUAGUGAGAUAUUAAGAAGGGUAACCAAAGGCAUCAUUAAAGAGGUCAGCUUCAAGGAGCAUUUCACAGGAGGAAAGAGAGGUGGAAAGGUUUAAGAGGCAAAUUCUAGAGCUUAGGACAUAGACACCUGAAGGCACAGCUGCCAGUGGUGGCGUGAAGGAAAUUGGGAAUGCUUGUAGGUCUGAGGAGCUUACAGAGAUUGGGAGGAAUGAUGUCAUGAAGGGAUUUGAAUGCAUAAUAAUGGGAAUGUUAAUUUGAGGCAUUUCUGGACCAGGAGCCAAUAUAGGUUAGUGAGCACAGGGGCACCGUCCCACCUGCUUCCCUACCACCCUACCCACAUAUCACCCUAUCACCAUACUACCCUACCACUUACCUUACCCACCUACCCAGCCUACCACCCUGCCCAUUCACCCAUUCAUCCAAUUCACUGACACUGAAUAUUUAAACUUACCUUACAGCAGCUGGUGCUGUAAAAAGGUAGUGUGCCUUGUCUCGCACCCCACACCGCCCCCCCGAUACUACGGUGCUAUGAAGCUUUUUAUGGGACUGUACACUCCUCAUUUCUGAAGAAGCUGGCCUCAAAAGACCCAGCCAGAAUUGCAAAGCAAUGCUGCGGCACAGAAUAGUGGAAGCAGAGCGGUAAUACUAUGGUGAUUGCCGCUUCGUGGAAGAUUGGGCCAUAGUAUAUUCAGACAAAGUGGAGGAAAAGGCUGGGGACAAUGUUUAGUUAAGAUGCUAUUAAGUUCGCUUUGAUGUUGUUUCUUCGCAGACUGUAAAUUGAAAUUCAACUUGUUUCAGCAAUUAAAAAUCAUCUCACACCUA